ACAGACAGGAAAAAACUUAGGCACUGUGAGAGAGGGAAGUACCAGAGAGGGAGUGUCAGCAUGUCUUCUGCACUCAGAUUCCAGUGCCACUUCUUCCUAAUCUUCUUGGCAGCCCUGAAGGGGGAAACCAGAUACCUAGAGGUGAGGGACACUGGCGAGGAUGAUCCCUUUUUGCUCUUCAGUGCAGACCUGAAGCGAGAAUUGUCUGAAGGGCAGAUCUACCGUCGGUCGCUUAGAUGUAUUGACAUGCUAAGUAUAGAGGGGCAGUUCACCUUCACCGCAGAGCAGCCCCAGCUACACUGUGCCACUUUCUUUAUUGGAGACCCAGAGGAGCUCAUCACAAUAGACUAUGACUUUGUAAACAUUGACUGCCAAGGAGGAGAUUUCCUUAAGGUAUUUGAUGGCUGGAUACUCAAAGGUGAGAAAUUUCCUAGCUCCUUGGACCACCCUCUUCCCACUUCACAAAGAUACAUUGAUUUUUGUGAAAGCAACAACUUUCAGAGGAGCAUCAGAUCAUCCCAGAAUGUGGCAAUGAUCUUCUUCAGGAUUCAUGAACCUGGGAAUGGAUUUACAGUCACAAUAAAGAAAACUACCAAUCUCUUCCCCUGCAAUGUCAUCUCUCAGACUCCAACUGGAAGGUUCACUAUGGUAAUUCCUCAUCAGCACAGAAACUGCAGCUUUUCUAUAAUUUAUCCAGUGGUGAUAAAAAUAUCUGACCUUAUACUGGGACAUUUAAAUGGCCUCUACUUGAAGAAACCAUCAGCAAGCUGCGCAGGAGUGGGAGAUUUUGUGGAGCUGUUGGGAGGUACUGGAUUAGAUCCCUCCAAGAUGUUCCCUCUAGCUGACCUGUGUCAUUCCUUUCAUGGCCCUGCCCAAAUGAAGAUUGGCUGUGACAACACUGUACUACGAAUGGUUUCCAGUGGCAAACAUAUCAAUCGUGUGACAUUCGAGUACUAUCAGCUUGACCAGAAUGAACUGGAAAAUAGAAAGGAGAAUAGUAUUGAGGAGUUCUGCUUCCCUGGUAUUUGAGAAACCAGUCAAAGUAUUUUCACACUGCUAGGAAAAAUAACAGACAAAGUACUUUUAUUUUAACCAAACUGGUAUUAUCAAAUCUUUCUACUGUACAAGCAUAUUUAUCUUUUUCACACUAAUCAACUACUCUCAUGAUCAAGCGCAAAAAGACAGCCAAUGUCUCAAACUUUAUAUUUACCAUGAUACUUUUUGCACUAUUUAGGUUCAUUUAUUACAUCCAAAAUUAAUAAGCAGAAUAGAAGAACAUGUUCCAGAUAUAACUAUUUUUUCAAAGGGAAAUAGUUGAAAAUUCUUUGUGCAGCUCACUUGAGUACACAUGAAAACCAAAUCAGUAAAAAGUUAAUUUGAAAUUAUAUCCUUUUAUAGCAGGUACAAAUACAACAAAAAUGGUGGAACUCAUUUCAAUUUUAUAAUAGAAAAUCCUGUAUUAGUGUGUGUAAAAACUGCUUGUUUAUUUAUUAAUGUAAAUGUACUAUUUAUUUCUAAUGACUUGUUUUUAAUAAAAUUUAUAGCAUGGGAACCUUUCCUUACCCAAGUUCAAACAUGAAUAAAAACAUUCAAAGUGUUGGCAAAAUGUUACUAUGUUUUAUUUUUCUAAGAAGCUCUUUAAUUCUCUUGUA